AUGGGCACCGGACAGCAGUUCAGUCAGCAUUUGGUGAAGUGUAUUGAGGCCAACUUGAAGACGGCCAGGUGCUUCACGGUGACGUUGUAUGACCGUGAUAACUCCGAGUUCACCGUAGCGGAGACCACUCCGACUGGUACUUUCUCAUUGGGUACUUACCGAGUAUCGCUUGCCUCCCGGACAUGUGACUGUGGGUACUUUCAGGCGCUUCAUUUCCCGUGUCAGCACGCACUUGCAUGCUGUGCCUACGCACGUGUGAGCUGGAGCUCCUAUGUUCAUAGCGUCUAUCAGAUUAGCUCGGUGUUCAAUGUCUAUCGGAUGGGAUUCACACCUCCAAUCCCGGAGGGCUACUGGCCACCCUACGAUGGGCCCACCGUGAUUCCGGACCCAAACAGAAGGCGUGCGAGAGAGGGGAGGCCUAGAUCCACAAGGAUACGGACGAAUAUGGAUGAGGCAGAUCCAAACAGGCCAAAACGGUGUGGCCUUUGUCGCCAACCCGGACACACUAGACGUAGAUGCCCACAGGUAGUAGGAUCGUCUCAGACAGGGCGAAAUUAG